UAUUAUGUUAUCUAUACUGUCUAACAUUAUUUUGAACGUUUGAACGAACAUCCAAACUGUCAAAAGGGAGCAUAACAAAUUUAAAUAAUAUACCUUUCGAUAAUGUCAUCAAAUUAUUUUGAGAAAUUAAAACUUCAAGCUCGUCAGCUUGAUGAUAAUAUUGAAAAGUUAAGCACGGCGUGGAAAUUGCCACAACGUUUUAUUGGAGGGUAUGCAAAACCUACCGAAGAAACAAAUGGUCACAUUGAAGCACUAUGGAAUACUAUAAAGAAUGCACAGGUCGAAAAGGAAGAAAUAAAAAAGCAAAUGGCUAACGACAGUGGAACACUAGAUAUGGAACAAUUUCUACAGGAAUUAACGGAAGAAUAUAACCAUAUAAAAACACAGUGUGAUAACUUAAAUAUUGUUCUAGCAGAAUAUGGUUAUCGUUAUAGUGACAGCGAUACCUUAGACCAUACAGUUAUAGGUAAUGGUGAGAAAUCGUAACCAACAUUUAUCCUUACUUAAUUAACCCUCAUUUGGAAUCUGAAUCUACAAAAAUUAUAGCAUUAUAUUAAACAUUUUUAUUUGAAAUGUACCUUAAAAAGUUUAUACUUAGAAUAAAAGUUUUAUACUAA